AUGGCAUGCCAACCGAAGCGCACCCUGUCACCAGCGUCUGACCGCCAACGACUCACCGCUGCAGUUGAGCGUCUUCGCCUCACCUUGUCCACCAUCCUCCCUCUACUCGACGCCUUCAACCACCGACACCGCAACCAGCAUCGCGCCUCGCAUUGGUGGUCAGCCUUUGGAGCCCUCCGUCGCUCCCUCCACGCCCUCCUUUCUCGCUGCCCCGAGUCGCCGUCCCGAGACACCAGGCCCAGCCGCCUCGACCAUGUCGUCACACGGGCCGUCUUUAUGUACAAUCACACGAUUCCCCGCGCUUUUGUGUCCUUCAGCCAGCUGGCGGCAGAUAAUCAGCAUGCGCCGCUGGGCCUAAUGCUACUAGCCGCCCUCGGCCAGGCACAUGGCUCGCUACAGCUGUUGCUGGACUGCGCGGGGUGGAGCCAACAGCAUCAGUCUGCGCCGAGAUGCAAACGGCAGCAAGAUCCAGGGGAACAAGCUGCCGCCAGCAGCGGACUUGCCGACAGGGGUGUCGCCGUCUCCAGGAAAGGAACGCCAAGAGCGGAAAAGCCUCCCGUUGCUGUGUUCGACCCUGCGACAACACCGACGAAGUGCGACCAACAUCAGAAUUCUCCAGGACCCCGACGUGUCGGCGAGGACGCCGCAGAGACGCGUAGCAGGAGGCUGUUGGAACAGGAGGAUGCGGACAAGGUCACGAGAUCCUUGUGCGUCAUGCUCACUGCACAUGAUCCUCUGACUAGGAUCCUCAUCAUCGAAACCAAUAUCCACGGAAUGUCCAGUACAGCAAAGACUCAGUAUCAUUAUAAGCGACUUGAAGAGACUUAA